GGAGAAAUUGGUGAAUAAUUAUACUGCUGCAAGGACAGCCAUAUGGAUUUCAAACAAUUUAUUGAGACCAUUUCUUUUCUUUAUAACCCGAUUCUCAACCUGGCUUCAGAUAGCCCAAAGCAAGAAAAUACACUCCAUGAAGAUUUGCUUCACCAUCUUAUUGGAAAGCAUGAACUCUUCAGAUUCAAAGCAGAACUUUUGCUUUCUCGCUAUUGGUACGCCUGAAGAGAGAAGAAUAUGGAUUUACCAGGCACGGAGGCUAACUUCUCUCGGUUUCUCCAUUCUUUCAGAGUUCAGUGAAUGCAUUUCAGGUGCUCAGAAUUUAAAUAUUGUGACAUCACUUGCAAUGCGUCUCUUGGUCAUGUUUACUGAUCCAAAAGGAUGGAAAGGCAUUGUUGAUGACAAUCGUCAAGAUGCAGAUUUAGCAGCGAAGGAUUUAAUUCAGUUCAUUGGGAGUAAUAAAAGUGGUAGUUAUGUAUCUAUUGCUAGAUAUAUAACUGCACUUGAUAAUUAUUCUUGCCAGACAAAAAAUAUCAUCCCGGCAGAUGAACUUUUUUUUAUUACUGCAAGUGCGAUAACUUUAGCCGUGCGUCCAUUUUAUCUGACAAACAUCGAUGUAAUUGGGCCUGAUAUGCUGGAUCACAACCAUGCCACUAAGCAGUACAUUGUCUAUUUACUGACUAUUCCUUCGCUUCUACAACAUUUACCAUCUGUUCUUCAACCUGCAUUAAGGCACAAAUCAAUUUUAUUCCCAUGCUUCAAGACUCUAUUGAUUUUGAAAGAGAAAGUUUUAAUGGAGAUGUCAGAGUUAGUACAGUCAGAUAAUCUUGUUGCUUUCAGGGAAAUUCCUCCAGUUGGUUGGGCUCUCACUAACAUUAUAUGUCUAGCAACAGGAAAUGAGAAUGGUUCUGUGAAUGCUAGAUCCUUGAAUCAAGGUUUGGACUAUGCAUUGUACGUUCAUGUUGUUAUAACUUUAGCAGAAAGCCUACUUGCUCAUCUUGAUAAUAUUGGAUGGAUGCGAAAGAAAAGAAAAACCGUUCAAACUGAUGCUGGAACGUCAACAGAUCCAGUUGGUACAGUUAUGUAUGAUGGUGAAGCAACCUAUGAGUCAUUAAUAAUGUCAUACAUGGAUCAAUUUAGGCCUGUUACUCAGCUGUCACAUCUUACAAAUCUUUUGGCUUCAAUAAAUAGAGAUGGCACCAACAAGGUUGAGACUCCACAGUCAAAUCGUCUGCCAUGUCUUAAGAAACUAGAUUUGUUUGAUGUUGCACUAUUUUAUUCUAAUUUGCUUAGAGUAUUUUCAACCUUGAGUCCAAUUCGUGGCUCAUUACCAGUUCUCAACAUGCUGUCCUUCACUCCUGGAUUUAUUCUCCAAUUGUGGGAGGUACUGGAGGUUUCCCUUUUUUCUGGAGACAAACAUAUAUCUGUUUAUCACACAAGUGGGAAUGCCAAACAUAAAACGUUUGAGAAGAUUCAAAAACAGAUAAGUAAAGAUGGGGGUAAUAGGUGGGUCAAUGUUCUUCAGAAGUUUACAGGUAAGUCACAAGCUGCAAGUGAUGUUACAGAUCCUGUUGGCAGUUAUUCUGAGCCCAGCAGAGAGAAUGAAGAUUCACUAGAGCUAUGGGACGUAGAACCUAUGAGGCAUGGCCCACAAGGGAUUCCAAAGGAUAUGUUUUCUGUGCUUCAUCUCUUCUGUGCAACCUAUUCUCACCUGCUUUCUGUUCUUGAUGACAUAGAGUUCUAUGAGAAACAAGUUCCAUUCAGAUUAGAGCAACAACGAAGAAUUGCGUCAAUGCUAAAUACCCUAGUGUAUAAUGGUUUGUCCCAUGGUAGUGGUUCUCAUAAUAAGCCUCUCAUGGAUUGUGCUAUCAGAUGCUUACAUUUAAUGUAUGAAAGGGAUUGUAGACACCCAUUUUGUCCUCCUGAUUUGUGGCUUGCUCCCGCUAGAAAAAGCCGGCCACCAAUUGCAGUUGCUGCCAGAACCCAUGAAGUUUUAUCAGCCAACCUAAGAUUUGAUGAUUCAUCAGCUUCCCUGAGUGCAGGUUCUGUUAUCAUCAUUACCCCUCAUGUUUUCCCUUUUGAAGAAAGAGUUGAGAUGUUUCGCGAAUUAAUCAAGAUGGAUAAGGCCUCGCGAAAAAUGGCUGGUGAAAUUUCUGAACCUGGUUCACGAGCAAUUGAGAUAGUAGUAUGUCGGGGUCAUAUUGUUGAAGAUGGAUUCCGACAAUUGAAUUCCCUUGGGUCAAGAUUGAAGUCCUCUAUCCAUGUGUCAUUUGUCAGUGAAUGUGGCCUUCCUGAGGCUGGCCUGGACUAUGGUGGAUUAUCUAAGGAAUUUUUGACAGACUUAUCAAAAGCAGCUUUUGCUCCUGAAUAUGGAUUAUUUUCCCAAACCUCAACCUCCGAUAGGCUUCUAAUUCCUACUGAAUCUGCAAGAUAUUUAGAUAAUGGUCUUCAAAUGAUUGAGUUCCUUGGAAGAAUUGUUGGUAAAGCUCUUUAUGAAGGAAUAUUACUUGAUUACUCCUUCUCUCAUGUUUUUGUACAAAAGCUAUUGGGACGGUAUAGCUUUCUUGAUGAGUUAUCAACACUUGAUCCAGAGCUAUACAGGAAUGUUUUGUAUGUCAAGAAUUAUGAGGGUGACGUGAAGGAACUCUGUCUUGAUUUCACAGUAACUGAAGAAUCAUUUGGCAAAAGACAUGUGAUUGAGCUUAAGUCUGGUGGAAAAGAUAUUUCUGUGACAAACGAGAAUAAGUUGCAGUAUAUACAUGCAAUGGCUGAUUAUAAACUCAACAUACAGAUACUGCCAUUGUCAAAUGCAUUUUAUAGAGGGUUAACCGAUCUUAUAUCUCCAUCCUGGUUGAAAUUAUUCAAUGCCGGUGAAUUUAAUCAGUUGCUUUCAGGUGGCAAUUAUGAUAUUGACAUUGAUGAUUUGAAAAAUAACACCCGAUACACUGGAGGUUACAAUGAGGGAAGCAAGACAAUCAAGAUUUUUUGGGAGGUGGUUAAAGGCUUCAAACCAGAUGAGCGCUGUAUGCUUCUUAAAUUUGUCACGAGUUGUUCUCGUGCUCCAUUACUUGGGUUUAAAUACUUGCAGCCAGCUUUUACAAUCCACAAGGUUGCUUGUGAUGUUCCUCUUUGGACAACAUUUGGAGGACAAGAUGUGGAUCGGCUUCCAUCAGCUUCAACCUGCUACAAUACUCUUAAGCUUCCAACGUACAAACGACCUGGCACAUUGAGAACGAAGCUGCUAUAUGCCAUUACCUCAAAUGCUGGAUUUGAACUUUCUUGAUUCACGUCAGGUAGUUUAGAUCCUCUUUAUUUGGUAUCAUAUCCGCAAAGGCUGGUAGAUAAAGGUAGCACAAGUUUAGGCCAUGAAUCUCCAAGAGUGCUCUGUAAAAUUUUUGGUAAAGGAAAUUGAAUCCCGGUUCGUUUUGGCAACACAUUAUUUGCUUCCAGAGGAAUGCUUUUCCAAACAGCCAGUUGAUGAUAUGUUUGUUACUUCGUCCAUUCUUCCAAUCCGUGGGAGAUUCUGUACUUCCGUAGUAUGUUCAUAUUGGAACAGUAUACGACUGGUUAUUUGAACCAACUCUCUAAAUGCAAAUAGCGAUCAUUUUGCAAUUAAAAUAUGUGAUUUAUUUGCUUUCGA